AUGGAGGACGCAUUAGGACUGUCGUCCAAGGAUUUGGACAGGACAGGAGAAAGUGCAGGUCUGGUAGAUGUGUCAUGCGAACAUUUCUUCACGGACUCGCUCGCUCCUGUAAGAGCCGCGAAGAGCCGGGCGACGGUUUCGAAGAAAGAGAGGAAAUCGCCGCAGAACUCCAAGAAGAAGCAAGGUUGGGUGAGUUCAUGCCCUUCAGACGCCAACACCACAGUGGGACGAGGAAUCUGCAAGAAGAAGGCCUGUGGUCAAAGCUUGAAGAUCUCAAGAAAGCAGAAGCAGCCGAAAACAUCGUCACUGUCGCACUCCAAGAGCAAUGACAGCACUAUCGGAUCAAAGUGCUACGGGCUUGACUCCCUCGCUUACUUUGCGACUCUCAUCGCAGACGCAGCAGAGGCAAAGAAUCCAGAAACGUUUGAUUUCUCCUCACCGAGAAUUCCAUCCGAGUCGCUCCCCGGCGACAAAUGCGGAGGAGAGUUCUCCGAAGACGAGGACGCAGCGGGGCUGGAGGACGAGUCUCCCAUUUCCUUCUGUCUGCCUCCUCUCCUUCCCCAAUUGAUUAUUUAG